AUGGCUCCUGCAUCAUCUUUCUCAGUCCCUUCAAUGAUAAUGGAGGAAGAAAGUCGGUUCGAAGCCGAGGUGGCCGAGGUGCAGGCGUGGUGGAACUCCGAGCGGUUCCGGCUGACCCGCCGCCCUUACACCGCCCGGGAUGUGGUGGCCCUCCGCGGCACUCUCCGGCAGAGCUAUGCCUCCAACGAGAUGGCAAAGAAGCUCUGGCGAACAUUAAAGACCCACCAGGCUCGGGGCACCGCCUCCCGGACGUUCGGGUCACUCGACCCAGUCCAGGUAACAAUGAUGGCCAAGCACCUGGACACAAUAUACGUCUCCGGCUGGCAGUGUUCCUCCACCCACACCACCACCAACGAGCCCGGCCCGGAUCUCGCCGACUACCCAUACGACACCGUCCCCAAUAAAGUCGAGCAUCUCUUCUUCGCCCAGCUCUACCACGACCGCAAGCAGCGGGAGGCCCGCAUGUCCCUCCCCCGCCCCGACCGCUCCCGCGCCGCCCCACCCACCGACUACCUCCGCCCCAUCAUCGCCGACGGAGACACGGGCUUCGGUGGCGCCACCGCCACCGUCAAGCUCUGCAAGCUCUUCGUCGAGCGCGGAGCCGCCGGCGUCCACAUCGAGGACCAGUCCUCCGCCGCCAAGAAGUGCGGCCACAUGGCCGGAAAAGUGCUCGUCUCCGCCGGAGAGCACGCGAACCGCCUCGUGGCCGCCCGGCUGCAGUUCGACGUGAUGGGGGUCGAGACGGUGCUCGUGGCCCGGACAGACGCGGUGGCGGCCAACCUCAUCCAGACGAACAUCGACGGCCGGGACCACCAGUUCAUAUUGGGGGCCACGAACCGGUGCCGGCCGCUGGCGGCGGUGAUGGAGGAGGCUGUGGCGGCGGGGAAGGGCGGGGCGGAGCUGCAGGCGGUGGAGGACCGGUGGAUGGCGGCGGCAGGGCUGAAGACUUUUUCGGAGUACGUGGCGGAGAAGAUUCGGGAGAUGGGCGGAAUCGGGGCGGAGGAGAGGCGGAGGAGGGCGGAGGAGUGGGCGAGGGAGACGAGCUGGGAUAAGUGUGUCCCGAACGAGAAGGCUCGGGAGAUAGCGGAGAGGCUCGGCGUGCGGGAUUUGUUCUGGGAUUGGGACUUGCCCAGGACUAGAGAAGGUUUCUACAGGUUCAAGGGGUCCGUGCAGGCGGCGAUCGUCCGCGGGUGGGCCUUCGCCCCUCACGCGGAUCUCAUCUGGAUGGAGACUUCGAGCCCGGACCUCGCCGAGUGCACCGAGUUCGCGCGCGGCGUGAAAUCGGCCUACCCGGACAUGAUGCUCGCCUACAAUCUCUCCCCUUCCUUCAACUGGGACGCUUCUGGAAUGACCGACCAGCAAAUGAUGGACUUCAUUCCGAAAAUUGCGAAGCUCGGUUAUUGCUGGCAGUUCAUCACGCUCGCGGGUUUCCACGCCGAUGCCCUCAUAGUCGACACUUUCGCCAAGGACUUUGCCGAGCGCGGGAUGCUCGCUUACGUGGAGAAGAUUCAACGUGAGGAGCGAAAGCACGGUGUCGACACGCUGGCCCACCAAAAGUGGUCGGGAGCAAAUUAUUACGAUCGCGUGCUUAGGACCGUGCAAGGAGGGAUUACUUCAACUGCUGCCAUGGGAAAAGGGGUGACAGAGGAGCAGUUUCAGGAGACGUGGACGAGGCCAGGGGCGGGGAAUGUGGCGGCCGAUGGAGGUGUGGUGAUCGCGAAAUCGAGGAUGUAA